ACAGAAAAGGGCCGUACAGAUUGUCAAAAAUCCCGUUCUCUAGAAUCGCUUGGAACCUCCGAAUCUACGAAGAAACAUCGGAUCUCACUGUUUAGUACCGUUCCACAGAGAGUUAUCUGAGGAAUUGUUUGACAUAAUACCGUCCUCUCGUUUUUACCACCGCUCCACCCCCACUGAGAGCAGCAGCAACAGAGUUGUUGACUAUCAUAAGUAAAGUGAACAAAAAAAUUAAGUUUCUUUUUUCAUUUAAAGACAUGCGGAUUUCUUGAAGUUGUCUGUGGUUUCCUGCUACUGUGCGAUUCAAAAAAAAUAUUAUUGUCGCGGUUGCUGGCUUCCCCGGAAAGUAAUUUGGGUCACCCGCCAUUUUACUACUUGGCUCUGGUUCUAAUGGCAGCAGGCCUCACCAUGUGUGCGACGGCUGCUCUUGGCUGCUGGGCAACCUAUUUACCCGGAUAUGCCGCUUUGAGUAUCUACUUCUUAAUAGUUCUGUCUUUGCUAUUGUGCGAGUGUGCUGGAGGCGUGUUAGCUGCAGUAUGGCCGCGAUGUCUGGGACUUGAAAACGCACGAGGGGGCUCUGUCGGAGCUCUGCAAAGCUAUUAUGCUAUGCCCGACUUUGAACAAUUCACUGCGUCUGUAGAUUUAGCGCAAACAGAGUUGCAGUGUUGCGGUAUGACAGAUGCUCGAAACUACGACAUGUCCGUAUGGCAACUGAGGAGGCUGGGUCCGCGCGGAAUGGCCGUACCGUUGAGUUGCUGCGUGCAAAUCGAAGAGAACAUCUCGUAUCUGAACCCGAUGCCGGUCAAUUUAUCGCGCUGUCAGGAGUAUCAACCUAACCCUGUUUAUCGACAUGUUCCGGGCUGUAUCGGUAAACUUGAAGAGUGGUACCAGAAACAAUAUUUUGUCCUCAUGCUGAGCAUCUUCAUAUUUGCUGUAUUCAAACUGGGAGUUUUGUUAAGCACUGUAUUUUCAUGUAUCCGACUCCGUCAAAGGAGACAAGUACUACAUACAGUUACAGUUAAAUCCAUUGAUCACGCAACGAAUGAAAAUAUGUACGGUUCGGGAGUUCGCGAAGACCACAUAACAGCCAAAUAUAUCCAGCCGGAUAAUUAUUACAGUCCAAGAGUUCGAAACCCUCGUAUUUUUACGAGCAAACCGAACGAAAUUAUAUGAGAAUUAGCUUUGGAGAUAAACGCUUUAGAGUUGAAAUUGGAGAAGUUCUCCGAUUGUCUGCAUAAACACCAGGCUGACUCUAUUAUGUGGUGAACUGAAGAUUGCACGACGAACGAAUACCUAAAGUGCCAUAUUAUGAUGAACAUUACAUAAUCUAAUUCAAAACAGCAUUCAAGUUUUAUAUUUUGUAAAGCUUUUUUAUGACGUACAAUCACAUAAAUACCGCCUUUUUUAUCUAACAAUGCAGUGAUGUUUUAAGAAAAUUUCCUACAUAUUUAUCUAAUUAUAUAAAUACUUAUAGCUUUCCUCGCCUGUCUCGUGGCUAAAAGCGUCUCAAGCACGUGUCAAAUCAUAACCCUAGCGCCCUCUAGUGAGCGAGCGAUCAAAAUGGAAUAAGUACUUUAAUAGAUUCAUUGAAAGUCCCGAGGCGUCCCCUAACACUGCUGCGACCACACUCUGCACCGUUGAUAAAUCCGCCUCUGCGCGUGGAGGAGUGUUGACACGUAAAUGUUGUGCAUUGGAUGCUUAACAAGAAGAAAAGUCUCUUAGAAAGGAUUAGUGAAAUCAGAUAUAGCUCAACGAAAAGGAAAAACUUUCAAUUGGAUAUGUUCCAAAAAUAUUUUUGUAGGGUGGCCAUACGAGGUCACGUCUCACCCGGUAUUACCAGAGCACACAAACACCACACAACGCUGAGGCCGUCAGUUGAAUGAAUAUUUUUUUUUCUACCUAUGUUGAUAGCCUUGAGAGGCUAUUUCGCCCUAACGUGUAGGUAGGUCACAGGGCUCAAAAACGGAGUGUUGCUAACACUGGCUCUAGCAAAAGCAGUGCUUCGCGGAAUCUACCACCGGAUCAGAAACGCGACCUACUGAGAAGAUUCGGCGAGAAACUCAGUGUGCUGUGUCUAUGGGUUUACUGAAGACAUGAGGCCAAGCGAUGCGUUCUAGUAACGGCGAUCUGAAUUAAAGCUUCAUUAACAAAUCCUGCCUAUCAAUUUAUAAACCACCGAUCACCUAUCAUGGGAGUAUGUAAUUGUUACUAAUUUAGUAAUAAUGUUUGGUAAUAAAUCCCAUCAUGGGAAUAUGUUGUAAUUUAUAAAUUUAUGUACUCUGAAGUGUUUACUCCAACUGAUUCCGAUAAAGUGUAUAAGAUUAUGGUAUUAAUUUAAUUUUACAGUAAAAUAAAAGAAUUUUCGUUCAA